AUGAAUGGCUACAGUGAGAGCGACGAGGAGGAUAACAACCCAUUCGCCGGAACCAAUCAUCUAUAUGCAUCAGGGAUAGCGGCUGUUCCUGAGGGCCAAGACGAUUUUGUUCCUCCCACAAUACUAGCAGACGUACAAGAGAAAGAGGAGACAAGGGAUGAAUUAAUGAGCCAAUUGUUUGGCGAUGUAAUAGACAAAAGUAAGCACAUUGAUUUAGACGAUUCAGAGGCUGCUGGUGAAACUUGGCAAUCUGAACCGCAUGAAGUGGAUCCGCCGUUUUUGAACAAAAAUAGAUCUCCGGAUUCAGGCCGUAUUCCGUCCUUCUACUUGCCGGUAGAAGGUCAAAAGGUCAAUAUUGUAGAUGCAGGCCAUUUUCGGGAUGCUUACGGCAAAUAUGCUAUCGGAUACACGAUUGAAUUUGAGGGGAAGCAGGUCGUACGGCGCUAUUCUGAAUUCGACACAUUGAGACAUGCUUUGCACCGGCUUUUGCCCACUGUUAUUGUUCCUCCCAUUCCUUCGAAACAUCCACUAAUAAGGUACUUUUUGAAUCCUUUAAGCGCCGAAAAAGAUAUUCGGAUAAUCGACCGAAGAAAAAGGUUGUUAUCGCUAUUUCUCAACAAUUGCUACUCAGUACGCGAGGUUCGAGAACACAUAGUAUUUUUGAAAUUUUUGGACCCUGAGCAGACUUGGAGAAACGUUAUAAAUUCUCCGCCAAUUUCGAUUAUUCCUGCUAACAAUCUCUUGGCCCCACCCUUGCAACCAACGAAGCCAAGUCCUCUGCAUUUGCUACUUCCAAGUACCGCUCCAAACAACAAUGCCUUGGAACCAAUAGACAAAGAUGAUAAUGUAUGGGACCAAGAGGAAAGAUUCAAAGAAUACGAGUUGAUGCUCAGGAAUUUUGAGAAAGUAUUAAAUCCCUUGGAGAAAAAUUCCAAGCAAAAUAGGAUCCACUUUCAAGCACUUGCGUCAUCGCUGGCCGAACUUGGCGCUUAUUAUAAUGCUUUCAGCUUGGAGGGGAAUAUCCUUACGAUUCAAGAAAAUUUGCAGCAAAUUGAUGAGCUAUCUAAAGGAAUUGAAAAGGUUGGACAGGCCAUUGAUGUUACGUACGUGAGCUCAGAAAUUGUUUCAGAACAGAUCACAAUACUUAUAGAAGAACCUGUAGCCGAGAUGAUACAAUCAAUUGUCGAGGCGCGACACGUCUUGCAUUUUAGGGAGCAAAAAAUGGGUCAGUAUCGGGUAGUUGACUCCACUAUCAAGAGACGCAAAUUGCGAAUAAAGAAUCUUGAAGCCGCUCAAGAGCAGAUGCUGAGACUGGAGGAAGCUCUGCGAAAAAAUGCCGAAGAAUCACCCACCGUAGCACAAGCGGUCAAAAAUAUGGAUGGUCAAGUCACUACACCCGGCGCGUUAACUCCAGCAAACUCCAACUUGCAAGCAAGCACUAGAAACGCGAGAAGUGGAAAUGGAGCUGGUUGGACGGGACUGUUCAAGUCAAGAAAAUCUCGGAGUAUAAGUUCCCGAAGACCUCGUUCCUCGUCGAAUGCCCACGAGCUUGAACCGCAUUUGCUAACUGACGAAGAGCGAAAAGAAGAAGUGACUAAGAUCUCACAAGAGCUACAAAAACUGAAUGAUUGUUUCAAACUUAUCGCCAAAGAUGUAACUCAGGUGAAUGAGUCGGUCAAUGACAGCCUAAGUCACCUUAUUCACUACUUAAAAGAGAGAUGUGCUAUGAUUCUCAAAUCGUUUGCUCAUGUGCUCUUAGUUUGGCUCAAAGACUCACUGGUAGCAUGGCAAAAUGCUAGAGCGUUAAUUGAAGGUAUCAAGGUGUCAUCUUAA